AACAACAACAGCAACAUGAACGCUAAGGUCCUCUUCCUCCUAGGUCUGGCAGCCAUUGUCGCCGCAGACAGCCGUGAAUCCUUCGAGUCCUUCGAGUCGGGUGAGGCUAAGUACGACUUCAACUGGGCUGUCAACCAUGACGACUCCGGCAACGACUUCGGACACCAGGAGGCCCGUGACGGCGACCACACACAGGGAUCCUACUACGUGCAGCUUCCCGACGGCCGCCUGCAGACUGUAAAGUACUUCGUGGACGGCGACUCCGGCUACGUGGCUGAAGUCAACUACGAGGGCGAGGCUCGUUAUCCUGAUUCCUACGAGUCCAACGAAUCGAAAUAAAAUCUUAUAAUACUAGCUUUUUGCCUGAUGUGACACUGCAGUUAAAACAGAUACUGACGUUAUUUAUUACAAUAAAUCCAUUAACAAAU